AUGUAUCUUGGUGUGGCCAAUAACAACAAGGCCUCCACAACCCUUGCCUUCUUCAAUGAAGCUGUUGAGAGAUUUGGCUUACCAGAAAGGGUUCGUGGUGACCACGGGGUGGAAAAUGUUGAUGUCGCUCGACUUAUGUUCUCCAUCCGAGGACCCGGGAGAAACAGCUUCAUUGCGGGCAAAAGUGUACAUAAUCAGAGAAUUGAACGUCUCUGGCGAGAUGUGUUCACGGCAGUCACAUGCCGCUUCUACAGUGUUCUGCACCAGCUGGAGGGGGAUGGUCUCCUUGACCUGUCCAGUAGUCUUCAUCUCUUCUGCUGCCAGUAUGUUUUUAUUCCACGACUUCAAGCCCAGCUUGAUGUAUUCAGAGAUGGCUGGGACAACCACCCCCUUUCAACUGAGAGAAAUCACACUCCAAAUCAACUUUGGCACAUGGGUCUACAGCACAAUUCCGAAGAGUACAAUGAGGAUUUGCACAUCCCUAUGAUUGACUGGGAAAGUAGUGGUCUUAUACUCUGUGAUCCCAACUGUGGUGUCCAUGUCCCUGAGAGUGACUGUCCUUUGAGUCCUGAUGACCUGACUGGACUUAGUGUUGCUGUGGACCCAAUGGAACCCUCAACAUGCAUGGGGGUAGAUAAAUAUUUAGCUGCACUGGACUAUUUGCAAAACAUUGGCUAUGUGUAGGGCCAUCAUGAACUAAUUCCCCAUCUAAUCAAAUAAACACAACUGUAUGAUUUUUUUUUUCUCCAACGUUUAUUGUGAACGCAUUUGUACAAUUGUCAAAUACAACUCUUACUGCUUCAAUAAAAGCAAACAUUUCAACAUCUCAGAACAUUGAUUACU